AGAAAGCUGGUGACCAGGAAGCACAACAGCGCCGGGCUGCCGCGGGGCGGGCGGCGGGCGGACCCCAGCUGAGCCCCCGCUGCCCCCCAGCUCCCGGGGCCCCCCGGGGCUGGGAGCCGAGCGCUGCCGUGCCCUGCCUUGCCCUGCCGGGGGUCGGGGCGGCUGCGGAGCGUGUGGGGGAAGGAGGGAGGGCGGCCGGGCUGCCACUAAGCCGCUUAGGGCCGGGGCUGGCAUGAGCCUCCCCGGCGGGGCGGCUGCGGGCUGCGCGCUGCGGCGGGGAGGCUGAGGGCGCCCAGCCGCCGGCGGCGGGGUCCGGCGGAGAAGGCGGAGGGGAAGCCCCGCUCCCCGGGGCCGGGGGGGAAGAUGGGGAACUGCCUCAAGUCCCCCACGUCGGAUGACAUCUCGCUGCUCCACGAGUCGCAGUCGGACAGGGCCAGCUACGGGGACGGGGCUGAGCCGGAUCAGGAGCCGCCGCCGCCAUAUCAGGAGCAAGUCCCUGUUCCUGUUUAUCAUCCGACCCCUAGCCAGACUCGGCUAGCAACACAGCUGACAGAAGAAGAACAAAUCAGAAUAGCGCAGAGGAUAGGCCUUAUUCAGCAUCUACCUAAAGGAGUCUAUGAUCCUGGGAGAGAUGGCUCCGAGAAGAAGAUCAGAGAAUGUGUCAUUUGUAUGAUGGACUUUGUUUAUGGGGACCCUAUCCGAUUUCUGCCGUGCAUGCACAUUUACCACCUGGACUGUAUAGAUGACUGGUUGAUGAGAUCCUUUACCUGUCCAUCCUGCAUGGAGCCAGUGGAUGCAGCACUGCUUUCAUCCUAUGAGACUAACUGAGCCAGGGUUUCUCCACUGAACCUUCAAGGAGGCCAUCCACUUUAAUGGGUUUGAUCCUUUUGUCAUUCAGCCCAAAGAGCCAGGAAUUAGGAAUUAAGAUCAUGCACAAAAUAUACAUUUCCUAAUAAAUACAUUAAAAAAAAUAUUUCUGAAUGGCUGCAAAUAUUGGAAAAAAACCAUAGUAUUUUAGAGACUAUAGAAAAAGUAGGUUGUUAUUUUUAAUGUAAAGCCUUGACCCACCAUUGUCUUUUAAUGUUUGUUCUUACACCCAUAUAUAGGAAUUGUAAAGUGUUACAGCAACUGUAAAUGUUUAAACUGCGUGUAUCCGAUUUUAUUAGCAGUAAGAUAAGAGUAUUUUUUUUCCUAAAUAAAGUAACUUUUUUUUUGGAUUCUUUUCACAAGUCCUGGCAUUUGGGUCAAGGCUUUAUUAAAAUCUACAUUUUAUAACACUGGCACAAAGAAAUAGUUUUAAGCUUGUUUGCACAGUUCUUCUUUUCUUUUUUUUUUUUCUUUCCAUUGGAGAUAGAAUUCAUUGCCUUAGGUCUUUUUAAUAGUGUAUUGUUAUUGUUGGGCUGGCUCUGUGCUUGAAAACCAGUUUAUUUAUAACCUGUUAAAAGUGCUAUAUUUUGUUUGCAGUUAGGAAUAUGCAGACUUCAAAGUGAUCUCCUAGCUUGUAAGCAAACUGAGAUGCAUUAUCCCUUUUCUGCAAGUGAUGCUGGAUAUGAAGAUACGAAACUGGUCCUACAAAUUAAAUUAUGGUAUUAUGUUUUUUAUAACUUGCUUCGGUUUUGAUGAAACAACAGUCCUUACACUUGCAUGUCUACUUUUUACCUUGAUCAAGUUAAAAGGGGGACAGAUGAACAAUAAAUAGUUAAGCUACCAUAAUUGGAAAAAGGUAUUUGGAACUAAUGUAGCAUUAGCAUUGAUCACUUACUCUACUUUUUUCUCCCUAAAAAUGGUUGUUUUUAAUCACAGGAAAUGGAUACUGCAUCUCUUGUUCUUGUAGUUCUUAGGUUAUCAGAAGUUAAGAAUAAACAUACUGUAUCUCAGUCUCCUGUAUUAAAUGUAUCUGUUAAGCCCUGCUGGCUGACACAUCAGUCCACCAAGCAGAUAAGAAUCAGAUAUGAGAAAACCUUGCUCUGCAUAUAACGCAAAGUUUAUAUAAACACAGACUGUCGUAGUAGCAAUUGAGGGGGGAAAAUAGUACUGCUAUAGCCAGAAUGACACCAUUAGCUUAUUUCUGCAGCAAAAAGUACGUGCUUGUUAAGAGAUGGGCUAGCAAAGAUUGUAGCUGUAAAGGCCUUUUAUUCACUUAGCAUGUUUGGUUUUUUUCUUAAUGUACCCUGCAGUGACGUUUAUGCCUUCAAACGCAACACUGAUAACAUUGAGAAGUCUUGGUCUUGCAAAGUGAAAUGCAGUCUCAAGUUAACCACAGCAAAUCAGGGAACGGUCUUGAUUGUUUUUCAUACAUGGUUUGAGGACUUGAUAUAACAAGUUGUGUUUAAAGACCCAAGUAGUUUGAUGACUUCGUGUAUUUGCCAUAUAGAAGAAUUGUGCGCGUCACCGAUAUAUUUUGCUGACCAACCCUUCAAAAGUUAGCAUUGACACAUUUAUUUAUCAAACCUGUAGCUGAUGGCAACCUGCUCAUGUAGAGAAGAAUUCCAAGUUGCAGUCAGAAGCAAGUCAAAGCAAUCUAUAGUUCUAGAUUCACUCAAAUUGCUAUAGAUCUAGCUGGACAAAAUUUUGUGCUUAAUUCAUACAUACCUAAUUACAUGGAGCAAAAUCUGGGCAGACAGACCUGAAGUUGUGCAAUAUUUUUCAGCGCGAAAUAAUUGUUCCUUUUCAU